AAACAAUUAAUAUAUUCAAUCAAAUAAUUCAUACAUAUUAUACUCCUCUUAUUCAAUAUUCAUUCUUACUCCUUAUUCUUGAAGUCGAUCUAGAAGUAGUUGAUAAAAAUAGAUCAAAAAUAUCUGAUGAUGCUCUUAUAAA